UUUAGAAGCCUGACAAGUUAUUGAUAUAAAUCAAAUAAAUCUUGAAAAAAAACCUUUUCACUCUGUAGUGUUAAUUUCAUGGCAAUAUUUGAGGAAUUUAUUUGUUUAAGAUAUUAAUGUAACCAGGAAGUACUUAAACUUAUGAAGCUUUGCACAAAAAACAAUUUAAUAGAUUGUGAAAUUACGUUUUAAUACCAUUUACGGAUAUAACAGCUUAUUAAUAUAACAUAAAUACAUCAGAUAAAAAUGAAGGUGACAAUUCUUUUAUGGACAUUGUUACUGGGAGAAAGUACAGGAGAAUUGCUGAUUUCACUUAAUUGGACGAAACUUUAUGCAAAUGAUUCUGCUGAUAUUUUUGGAGAUCAUCACAUGCUCAUUUGUAGUCCUGCUUUUAAUUCAAGUUCAUUCAAAUGGAGCAGGGACACAAGAGAAUGUUUAUCACAAUGCAUGAGUAUGUCAACAAUGUCAUCAAUAUCAUCCGACGACGACUUUAACAAGACCGAUUCGACUCUCCGUGAGGGACCAACAUCACCAGAUGCAGACAAUUGUCCGCCAAUGAAAUCAUCAGGUGAAUGUGACAUUAUUCAACAUGCCACACUUAUAGGUCUAGCUGCGGCUACAAUAUCUGGCUGGAUUGUUUCUUUUCUAACUCUUGUAUAUUUCAUAUGUUGCAAUAGGAGGAGCAGCUCGAAAACAGUGGAUGCUGAAAAUGGAACUCAAUUAGCAAAAAAAGAAGACCAAACUCCUUAUAUUGAUUCUUCGGGAUCUUCUUUUCUUUCGGUUGGGGGAAUAGAACCCGUAUACGAUCAGCUGAGCAUUCACAUAUGAGAUUAGUUGAGCAUCGGUUGGAAGAUCGAAUAUAAGCGAAAGUUUUCCAUAGGCAUGAACUACAAUACAAGGAUAGGGGGUUCAUACAUAAAAAAAUGCGUUUUUUGUCAUUUAUUGGAUGUUCUGCUUAAGUUUUGAAUGGUUCCAAUGAUAAAUCGGAUUGAAUAUAACUAUUAUUAUCAGUGACAUGUGUUUUAAAACAUCAUUUUUAGAAAUGUCUAUGCAAUAUCUUUAUUGUUUUUUACAGUUACAUUAACGUGUUUCUUUUCAGUUUCAAAAAUGACAGACAAUUGUCUCAAUUCUCAUACCUUGAACACAUUUACGCUUGCUUUAUAUACUGACUUUAGAUUUUUGUGCGAUUUUAUGUAUUUAGCUUUUUUUUAUUACAUAUAUGUUUAUCCUUAUAAAUUAUUAUUACUGAAAUGUUCCACCUAGAUUGAUAAGCUGUUUAAAGGGAAAUAGUUUUUCCUUUCACAUGUGAAUAAAACAAACAAUUGUAAAGACAAUGUACAACUUACCAAUACAAGCCUAAAAUUCAAAGAGUUGCACUGCCUUCUUUCAUUAAAGAACAAUAUACAUUUGCCUUUUAUCAUUAUAUCGCAUUGAGUAUUGUCGCUAUCAUUUUCGUCACAAACAAUUCUAAGGCAUAAAUAGUCGAUUAAAUGUCAAUUGAUAUUAUAAAUAUUAUGAGUGUUGUCUAAAUGUCCGUUACAAAUACAGUACAUUAUAUAUAAAUCAUUAUAUUAUCUAUGUUCUUGUUUUAUGUUACAUAACAACAAGUCACUUAUCAUAUUUUUACUAUAAUUCCAUUUGAAUUAUCUAUACUUUAGAUAUGGAUCUAAAUUUCUAGGCGCGA